UGAAAAAAAUUCGAGGGGCUCGAGCCAUGACAUUUGAAACCAAGCCAAUCUCUUCAUUGCUGCGCCAGCCCGGUCCCGGGUCCACCGGCUCAAGUGAACCGGCCCACUAUAUACUAAGCCGGCGUACUGGUAUUUAAAACACGAGUUUGAACGAACGAACGAAAAAGCACAGGCCUUUAACAAAAGAGAAAAAGCUUCCCCCAAGUCCACCACCAUUCCCUCUCCGUGCUUCUCUCUCCAUUUCUCUGCUCUUAGGCCAAAGGUGUCAUACAAUUCGUGCAAUUCAUAUCUUCGACGUUGGAUUCAACUGCUCAAUUCAACAAUUUGCCGCUGCGAUCGUCGUUAAUUUCCCGCAAUGGAGACGGACUCGCUUGAAUCGGUGCCGGCGGGGGAGCACUGGGUUGGGAAUUAGGGUUCUGGUAAUCUGGGAAAGAUUUUCCGGAUGUAUUAGGCGCAGGUUUCUGCUGUUGUGAGCUUAAUUUGGAGGGGGGGAAAGAACAUGGCGAACUUGAAGCCUCGGGUAAAGUUAGAAUUGGAAUCGUGCUCGAAGUCGAUCAGCGAGACGGUGAACGGUUCGCACCGGUUUACGAUUAAGGGGUAUUCUUUGGCCAAAGGUAUGGGCGCCGGAAAGUACAUAACAAGCGAUACAUUUACGGUGGGAGGGUAUGAUUGGGCAAUUUACUUCUACCCAGAUGGGAAAAACCCAGAGGAUAACUCCAUGUACGUGUCGGUUUUCAUUGCUUUGGCCAGUGAAGGAACGGACGUGAGGGCUUUGUUCGAGCUGACUCUGGUGGAUCAGACUAAGAAUGGGAAGGAUAAAGUGCAUAGUCAUUUUGAUCGUGCACUGGAGAGCGGUCCAUACACUUUGAAGUAUAGAGGCAGCAUGUGGGGUUACAAGCGAUUUUUCAGAAGAGCUGCAGUUGAAACUUCUGAUUAUCUAAAGGAUGAUUGCCUUGUAAUGAAGUGCACUGUUGGUGUGGUCAGAAGUCACCUUCAGGGGCCGAAACAAUUCACCAUUCCCAUACCACCAUCAGAUAUGGGGCAAGGUCUUAAGGAAUUGUUAGAUUCUGAAGUUGGUUGUGAUAUAGUUUUUCAGGUGGGCGAUGAAAAAUUCAAAGCCCAUAAGUUGAUACUUGCUGCUCGUUCCCCUGUAUUUAGGGCUCAGUUUUUUGGACUUGUUGGAAAUCCUAGUAUGGAUAAAGUUGUGGUAGAGGAUGUCGAGCCCUUUAUUUUUAAGGCAAUGCUUCUGUUUGUAUACAGUGACAAUCUUCCUGAUGUUUGCGAAGUUAUGGGCUCAUCAUCUAUUUGCACAUCCACGGUCAUGGUGCAACAUUUAUUGGCUGCUGCUGACCUGUACAAUCUAGAUCGAUUGAAAUUGUUGUGUGAAUCAAAAUUGUGUGAAGAAAUCAAUACUGAGACGGUGGCAACCACCCUUGCCCUAGCUGAGCAACAUCAUUGUCCACAGCUCAAGUCUAUGUGUCUAAAAUUCGUAGCAAAUCCAACGAACUUGGGAGCUGUAAUGCAAUCAGAAGGAUUCAAGCAUUUAGAGGAGAGCUGCCCCUCGAUUUUGUCGGAGUUGCUGAAGACUUUUGCAUCAGUGGAUGAAAGUUCGUCUAUGCUUUCAGGUAGGAAGAGGAGUGCAAGUGUUAUUGGGCUGGAUCUCCUGGUAGAUGGAAGUGGAGCUGCAGCAGAAUCAGCGAACCCCAAUGGCAGGCGUAUGAGGCGGCGGUUUUAGAACUUGCAAGUGCCCUUAGGAGAAGAAAAAAAAAUGAAAGUAGUGCGGUGAACAAAUAUUUAGUUAUGAUUAGGGAUUAAAUAGUCAGUAUCAUGUUCUGUGGUACUCUACUCAGGCCCUUGUAAAAGUUCUGUCAAUAUUUGCCUUCGUGAUUGCUGAAGUUUGUUGUCUUCUUUCAUACAUAUUAUCUUCUCGGGGGCUCUUUCUGAACCAAAAAUCUGAACUUUUUAAUGGUUCUGUAGGGUUUUGCCGCUUAUAGUAAUUAUCAUCCUCAAUGGCACACCAUUUUCUUA